AUGGAAACUUCUUGUAGUCAAUCAACGUUGGAAAUGCUUCCGGAUGAGAUUCUUUUAGAAACUUGUAAAUAUUUAUUAUGUACUGAUAUUCUUCUAUCUUUCACUGGACUUAACAAUCGAAUAACACAGAUGAUCACUGAAUAUCGUCAUCAUAUUUCAUUGCAUAAAACAUCUAUUUUAACAAGUGAUUAUUUAUGUGUCAAUAUUCUACCCCAAAUUGGUUUUCAAAUUCGAUCAUUACUCAUUGAUUGUUGUUAUUCUAUCUUACAAGAUAAUUUAUUUAUUAAAUAUUUUGGUAAGACAAUGUCAAUAAUAUUUCCUAAACUAGAAAAAAUUAGUCUUGUUUCCUAUCAAUACAAUCAAUUAAUUGCUUUUCUUGAUGCUCUACAUGAUUUAUAUUAUCUUGUUGAGAUUCGUCUAUAUAGUCUCUUUCCAAUUGAGAAAACUAAUCAAAUAACAGUCGCUCGAUCAUUAAUUCAAGCAAAUAAUCAUCGAAUCACAACAAUAUAUAUCGAUGAUCAAUCAAGUUCUUUACAUUUUCAUCAUGAUGAUUGUUAUUUCAAUGUCCUUCGUUUGCGUAUCAAGUUAAGAACAAUGGUAGAUUUAUCAUCUCUUUUUCAUGCUGUUCCUAAUGUUCAAUAUCUAGACGUAAUACUUGAUGAUAGUGAGGGUUUAUGGGAAUAUUUUGAUGAAUUGACUUUAUCUCCUCUAUUUUAUCUUACUCAUUUCCAACUGAUAUCUACUAAGCAAUUAUGGAUGCUCGAAAAACUAUGUGUAGUAUUUGCUCAAUUACCCAUAGUGCGGCAUUUAUCACUUUUUCUUUCCACCGACGAUAGACGUCUGAUCGAAGGCGACACAAUUCUUUCUGUACUUCCUUCCACUGUUCAACAACUUGAUUAUGGUAUUUAUUUUUAUCAUCAUAUAUCUUUUGAUGAAAUUGAUGAAAUUAUCACCUCAUGGCCAACAUCUCAUCCAGUUACAUGUUUCUACAAAGAUACAUUUUUGUUUAUGCAUACAUUACCUUGGCGUCUCGCUCGUAUUUCAUUUCCAACGUUCAUCAAGAAAAUAAUGUCAUGCCAAACGAAUACUAUGACUGGUUAUGAUAGUAGUGUUGAACAGUUGGACGUAACGAUCGACAAAAGUUUUACUUUAACCAAAUCUUUAGGAAUGAUAUCACAAUGUCGUCAAGUCAGAGAAAUGACUUUUUACGUGAGAAAUACUGAUGAUGCCGUUACAGCAGAACAAUGUCCAAUACCUCAUGUUCCUAAAUUAUCUCGGCUUAUUCAAAUCGCUUUUCAUGGACCAAUAUCCUCUGAUCUAAACCAUUUUUCAGUUCUUCUCAAUGCUGCAUCUAAUGUUUUUCGCUUGGAUUUACCUUUUGAUUAUUUAUGGCAAUUCAUUGAAAAUCAACAAAUACGACAUCUUCUUGGUCCACGAAUUACGUCACUUUCCAUUCUCGAAAAUCUAACGAAACCAUCAUCAGUAACACUCAAUGAAGAGCACAUACCUAUUAUUGCUUCUACAUUCUUUCGACUGCGUGAUUUGUAUGUCAAUUUAGCACAUUUAUCACCUAGCACAAAAAAAAUCUCAAACGAUAAUAUUUCUAACGAAUCUACAGUACAAAGCGCACUUGUUCAGUUCGAUGAACAGAAACAUGAAGUUGUAUUAUCAUGUUCGAGUGAAUCAAUGGUAGCAUGUUUAUUAACAGAAUUUAAAGAACAUAAACUCGUUGGUCUAUGCAUCACUGGACAGUUCUUUGAAAAGUUAAAUACAGAUGCAAAUCUAUGGUUAAAACAUAAUACCGUUCUUUGUGAGCAGCAAUUUGAAGCUAUUUUUAAUAAGGUGUUACAUCGAUUACUUAUUUGGAUGUGA